AUGGAAUUUACAAAUAGCUUGACAGAACACCUUAAAAAUAUCGGAAUCCUCGACGAAAACGCGAGCCAAAACUUCUCAAAAUCAUACUAUGAUCAAAAGAAUAUUUCUGGUCAUGAUGAAUCUGAUAGCUUCGAAGACACAGCUAUAUUUACACUCACUUGUUAUUUUAAGAACCUGAGUUCCGACCAAGCGCAUGAAAUCAGCAAGAGAAUUUAUAAUAAUUGGCAAGAAGCAGAGGAAAUUAGAUUUUUGACCAAAAUUGAGAAGGUCAUUGGUAUUUAUCAGAGAAAUAAGAUUGCUUAUUUGAAGCAAUUCCUUCGAAAAUGGCUGAAUAAUGCCCAAGCUAUCCAGAUUGAGGAAAUAGCGAGCCAGAAUAGUAUAUUGAAAGAGGAAUUGAGUCAUCUUGGGAGUAUUAGGGGAGAUGAUACUUCAUCUCAUAUUCAUAUUGUUCCAGAAAGUGAAAAUAUCCCUAAUUAUAAACAUGGAGACAACCUUGAAUCCCCUAUAGCGACUAAAUCAAGAUCUGUUAUGGAUAUACUUUCUUCUAGAAAUUUGAGGAACCGUAGUAAAUCUGCGAAAAGGAAGAACAAAGAUACUAAAAUGACUCUUUCGGAGAUAGACGAGGAUUUUACCAGAGAUCCUCCUAAACCCCAUAAUCCUUUCCAGGAUUGCUCUUUUGACCGAAGUUCAAUGACUCAAAAGAUGGACUUCUCAAGAGAUCUAAGUCAGGAAAGAAAGACUCCAAUCUAUGAUAGACUGCAUGAAGAUGCAAAAAUAAAAGAAGCCAAGCAAAGAGAAUAUGAAAUUCUUAAAUAAAGAAGAGGAAGAACACAAAUGAACUUUUAAGCCUGCAAUAAGCAAAUCAGCAUCUCGACCAAGAGAUCGUAAAAGGUUCAGUAAGCUUGCAAUCUCUACUAAAAACGAGCGUGAAAGGAUGUACAAAAUCCGUAGAGAAUCCAAAGAAAUAGAAGGGUGCACUUUUCAGCCGAAUACUUCUUGAAGUAAGAUCUCUCUUAAGAAUUCAUGCUCUGACGUUGGAAAAAGUGUCUUCGAUAAGCUAUAUGAAGAAAAAGAGAGUAAACAAAAGUAUAUGCGGAACUUAAAGAUCGAAGAUGUUAACUCUAAGCAGUUUAGCUCCACUUAUAGCUUCACUAACAACUCUUUUGGUAGUAUCUCACAUCAGAACUCUGAUGGAGAGGUGUUUAAACGACUCUUCUCGGAACAUGAGGAGCUGAAGAGAAAAAGAGUUAAGAUGGAACUCAGUAAGAAGUUAGAAGAAGAGAACAAAUAUUCUUUUAAACCUGAAAGAGUAACCAAGCAAAAAGAUAAGGAGUUUGGUCUAGAUUACUCAGACGAGGAGCUUUCUAAAGAUCCAGCAUAUGUGUAUGAAAAGUUGUACAGAGAUGCCGAAAUUAAUGCUUAUAAGCUAAAUUCUCGCCAGAAAGCUGCUGAAAGAGAGAUUCAGGAAAGGUCUCAUUUCUCUUCUCUCAAUUAUCGUACAACAGAGAAUCGAGAUCCAAACUUUCAAGGACAAAGAUUUGAAAAGUUGUAUCAAGACCGGGACAAGAGCGUGAAUAGAUUAAAAGAAGUAACACAAAAAGUUAUGAAAGAAGAAGGAUGUAGCUUCAAACCCAGAACCAACAAAAAGUUCAAUAAUAACAUAAAAUCCGACAUUAUCUCACGAAACAAUGAAUUUAUCACUAAGAAACACGAAAAUCUCGAAAUAAAGACCUAUCAAAUCCAAAACGAGCACCAGUACCACCCCCGCUUAAUCUCCAACCAACACUACACCUCCAAACAACCCAGCCCCGUCGCUGACCGUCUCUACAACAAAGCGUCCGAAUACGAGAUGAAAAAGGAGCGUCUCCGAAGAGACCAAGUCGACCAGGAAUGAACCUUCAAGCCAAAAUUAGCUAAAAUGACCGACCAGAUCUUAAUAAGUAAAAGUAUAUUUAGUCAUCAUUAA